GUGGUCACUUGGAGGAUAUACUCUGCGCCCGUUCAGACGUGUUUACUAAACUUAUCUUGAUUAAAAUGCGGUGCAGCAGCUCUCUGCCGCUGUUAUCUCCCAAACCCUCUUAGGUUCAUCACGUGCAGGACCAGUUUGGGUUCGGAGACCAGCUCUUGUUUGGACCCAGGGACCGCCUCGGUCGUGCAGGAUGAACGGCUUCAGCACCGAGGAGGAUAGCCACGACGGGCCGCCGGCUCCUCCGUUUUACGGGCAGAGCUGCUGUUUGAUCGAGGACGGAGAGCGCUGCGGACGGCCGGCUGGAAACGCCUCCUUCAGCAAGAGGAUCCAGAAGAGCAUUUCCCAGAAGAAACUCAAGCUGGACAUCAACAAGAGCGUGAGACAUCUCUACAUCUGCGACUUCCACAAGAACUUCAUCCAGAGUGUUCGCAACAAGAGGAAGAGGAAGACCAGUGAUGAUGGAGGGGAAUCUCCAGAUCAUGAUGUGGAAGUCCCCGAGGUGGAUCUGUUCCAGCUGCAGGUGAACACACUCAGACGCUACAAGAGACACUACAAGCUGCAGACCAGACCUGGACUCAACAAGGCCCAGCUGGCAGAGACGGUGAGCCGCCACUUCCGGAACAUCCCGGUGAACGAGAAGGAGACACUGACCUACUUCAUCUACAUGGUGAAGUCCAGCAAGAGCCGCCUGGACCAGAAAGGAGACGCAGGAAAACCUCUGGACUAAAGCUGCCCGACCGGGACCGCUUCAUUUACCUGAAACACAGCUCUGUCCCGAACGACCCAUCCGUUGGACCAGAACCUUCUGUCCUCUUCCUACCCGCCGGACCGAAACGUUAACGGUGGGACGACUUCAGUUCAGCCCGUCCAUCCAGUCGACCUCCCAGAGGCAGUUCCUCAACACAGAACCAGAACUUCCAGAACCCACCGCAGAGUUCUGUUGGACCAGUCCAAAUGUACUAAACCCCAUCAGAACCUGAUCAGAAUCCGUUGGUUGGACUGCUGCCUUAAUCAUCACAACCAACUCGUUUUAACCCGACUGUUACCAGAACCAGAACCGGUCCGUGCCAAAUGAGCGUGAGUACCAGAUGCUGAACUGGACUCAAUAUUUUGUAAAUAAACAUCCCGUUCCGUCUGAGACCCGGUUCUGUUCCAGCUUCAAUCAUAAAUAAUGUUUAAAUGAAACACAAACCCGGUCUGGUUCUGGCGCUGAAGCUCUUUGGUUCUGACCCGCUCCUUUCCGUUGGUCAGUUUUCCUUUCAUGGUUUUCUUCUUUAGUUCGACUGUAAGUUGUAUUAAACUCUCCGCCUGGAUGCUUUUGUUUCUGGGUCGGGUCGGGUCGGGUCUGGAGCUCGACGCCGCAGCAGAAACACGAACUGGAUCCAUCCUCCAGCAGCUGUUUCACGUCUCUUAUUAUAAAUAAGAUUAAACGGAGAUUGGAUCAGAACCGGAUCCUCCGACGCCGACCUUUGACCCCUGCUGCAUUUAUUCUGAUUUUGUUUUUUAGGCUUUUCAUGUAGAAAAACUUAACAUUUUGUUGUUAUUCUAGAAAAUAAACCUAUUUAAUACGGCUGCUUUCUGCUCUAAUAAUAGUAAUAAAUGUUAUUGUAGCGACAAGAGGACUCGUCUUUAUUCCCUUGUUCUGGUUCUGAUUGGCCCGCUUUAACCCGAGACUCCACCGAUUUAGAAACAAACGCCAAUAAAAAUGGUUUCACUAAAAUAAACAUCAGAAAAAAGCUCGAACACAAGAAACGCAAAGUUCUUCCAGGUCCGUUUUUAUUCUCUUGAUUCAUCAUCAGAUGAUCUAAAUAUGUGAAACAUUUUUUUUGUUUGUUUUUGUUUAUCAAUAGGGAAAAAAAGCAUUUCUAAACAUUAAACUUUGUAUUUCAAUAAUGGGAGGCCGCCACUAGGUGGUGCUGUUUCUCCAUGCAGGAAGGUUUGCUUUGCAGCAUUUUUCUGUUUUAUUGUAAUUCAGCAAUAUUUUAUUUUUGAGUUCAUUCUAAUUUGAGCACUGAGAAUAUUUAAAAAAUGUUUAUAUUUAAAAAUUUUCAUUUGACAAAUCACUACUUAAAUUUUUUUUCUAAUUAAAGGUGCAGUAUGUGAGAAUUUUACAGAGAAAAUGCCAAAAGAGUCAAAAGUUUCAUUUUGGAAGGAGGGUUCUACUGAAGCAUGUUUCGUAUUCAGCUGCUGGAUUGUCAGUUUUUCUCCUUUCAAAACAAAGGAAGGAGGGACAUAACGACUGUUUACCAUCAUUGAUUGGGGGGGGGGGGGGGUCUCCUGCGAGCUAAUGCUGCAGUGCUCGUAACUGUAAUUUGACGACAGCCGGCAAAUGCUCCAAAGUUGUUUAAAGUGGUUGCAGUAACCACUUUUUACCACAUGAUGUCAUUUUUACCUCAUUUCUACAUAGUGCACCUUUAAAACAACAGAAUGAGUCUAACCUGAAUGUUGUAAACGUGUAAAACAUUUUAUGGAUUAAACUCACCAAAAAUAAAUCUCUGCGUUACAAAUAUGAAACAUGGAAUUUAAAA